UUGCAGAUAUGUCUAAUUACACAGGCAUCUCUAGAUCAGCGCACUUGCAUAAAUAGGCAGGCCGUUCAUCAAUCGCGGCCUUGGCAGCUCAGGAUACAUUUCCUAGCCAGUUAUGCAAUAGGGUGCACGGAUUGAAUUGACAAUGUUGCCCUAUUCCAGUGCCGGUGCUUAUGGAGGUAGCCCCUACGGGCGGCGAAAGGGCCUUUUAGGCACACAAAACAGCGUAACUGGCAUCCUCGCGCUGGUGGCCAUCGCUGCACUUGGUUUUUCAAUCUUCACCCACUUCCGUGCUUCAUCGGCUCACUCCCAGAAAGCUGCCCUCAAAACUGAGGUUGACAGCCUGCGAUCGGAGCUUCGCAGCAUUCAGAGUCAGUUUUCCUCGCGCAACGCGGAACUGGAGCAGUUGCAGCACACGUAUGGUCACAACCAGCGGCGGAUUACCGAGCUGACCAACCAGCUCCAGCGCAAGGAGGCAGAUCUGGUCAGCAAGGAACAGGCGCUGCAGCAGCAAGCUAAGGAGCGGGAGAUUAUCGACCAGCAUCGGAGCGGACGAGAGGUUGAGCUGACUAAAAUGGUGGAGGACCUGCGGGCUGAGCUGCUUCGCUCAGACGGAGUCAUUGAGGCCCUGGACACCAAAAUGGCCAAGAUGGAGGCCACCCAUGUGACCCGGGAGAAGGACUGGCAUGGGCUGGCGAACAAAUGGAUCAAGUACGAGCAGGACCUGCAUGAGCAGUACAAAAAAUGUACAGAGGAGGUCUCGAAGCUCAGAAACCUGACCAUGGCCCUGACCAUAACUUUCCUUUUGCGCGCAUUUUCAUCUAUUGGCCACCGUCCUUUCCUCGCGGGGCUCAUUUUCCUGCCCCGUUCGCGUGCACACCUCUCCCUCGUCUACUCGUCGUCAUCACUGUCGUCGUCGUCGUCGUCCUUGUCGCCCUUGGUUGCGAAGAACGACACGGCGCCCCUUCCGGAGGCUGAGCCCACGUUGCGGCCCGAGACGGACUUUGGGCAGAUCCAUGCGGAUAUCCCCGUGCAUAAGCCGCACCACUUUGAUCCGCUUCAACCGCCAGCGCCGGUGCCCUCGCCGGCGCCGGUGCUGAGCAACACAGCCGACCUGCCACUGCCGGAGACGAAAAUCCGGGACUCGAUCGUUCAGAUGACGGCCGGAAAAGUGGGCCUGGAGGCCGGGCAGCAGGCGCCAGCUGGCAGUGGCGGUGACGGCAGUCUGCAGGCUCCGGAACCGGCCCAAGUCCACCAUCAUGACAUUUAUCACCAGGAUUUCCAUCAUGAAGAGGAUUUGGGUCAUACUCAUAACUACGACCACUACCACGGCCAUUACGACUCUUAUGACCCCAUGGAUGAGUGGUGGCUUCACGACGCCCAUGGAGACUGGAACGCAGAUGACCACAGCCAUGGCCAGGCGCAGGGUGAUGACGUUGGCUACCGCGAUCAGGACCACCACAACUAUCAUAAUAGCCACGACCAGCAGCACCAGCAACACCAUCAUCAGCAGUAUGACCAGCACAACCACCAUCAGCACCCACCGAUGCCCGACGCUGGUGGUGGCGACGUGCACCAUUACCAUCAUCCCCAGCCGCCGCCUAUGCAAGGCAUGGACCAACACUAUGCACAGCACGCGCAGCACGCUCCCAGUCACGGGCAGCAACCCGACCCGCAGCAGCAGCAACAGCAGCAGUACCACCACCCACAGCCCCCACAGCAGCAGCAGUACCAUCACCAACAGCCCCCACAGCAGCAGCAGUACCAUCACCAACAGCCCCCACAGCAGCAGCAGUACCAACAACAACAGCCCCCACAGCAACAUCAUUACGAGCAUCAGCAGCCCCCACAACAGCAGUACCAACAACAACAGCCCCCACAGCAGCAGCAGUACCAUCACCAACAGCCCCCACAGCAACAUCAUUACGAGCAUCAGCAGCCCCAGCAACAGCAUUACCAACAACAACAGCCCCCACAGCAGCAGCAGUACCACCAUCAACAGCCCCCACAGCAACAUCAUUACGAGCAUCAGCAGCAGCACGGCGAUGCGCACCAACACCAUCAUCAACAAAACCACGAGCACCCACGAGGGGAUUUGGCAUACAAGAUGGGGUGGUGA